CCGGAGCACGCUUAACCUCCGUUAAUUAAUUGAUUAAACGCGGCUAAGCCAUAAAAGGAUAUUUGGCCAUUUCCCAGUGCAAAUUCAAUUGUUAGUGCAAAUCGUCGGAAUAUAAAACAAACGAAAAACAGCUGUUGGUUUCGCGGUAGUGUUGAAUUUAGUUACAAAUAAACAAAAUCAAAGAGCCGAACCUGACUGACGGGCCUCUUUUGGGUACGAAAGAAGGGCGCAACAAUAGAAGGCAGGGCGUCGCAGGCAGUCACAGGCAGACGGACGCUGAGAACAAAAGGCAAGGCUGGCAACAAGGAGAACAGACCCACACAAACAAUUGACUGCACUGCAAUAUCAGACGACGACGGCCGCGAGAGUCGCUCUCCCCCGAGAAGAUAUCAGAAGCAGCAAAAUGACUGACGAGUGCAUAACUAGGAACUUUAUUGCUCUCGGUUCAAAUGGAACGGGCGUCAAUCGCAGCAGCAUUGGUGAUAGUACCGAUGCCAAAGGCUGUGAGGGCAACAACGCCGGAGUUGGUGGUGCAACGGCUGCAGCGAGUAUUCCUCCCCCCUCGAUCAACAAUUAUGUGGCCCGAAUGCCCGUUGAGCGGUAUGCCAGCGAGUACAACAUGAAUCACAAACAUCGCGGUCAGGCCAUUAUAUUCAAUCAUGAGUUCUUCGAGAUACCUACGCUGAGGGCGCGUAUGGGUACCAAUGUGGAUGCGGAGGAGCUGCGCAAGACCUUUAAGAGAUUGGGUUUCGAUGUGUCAGUGCACAAGGACUGCAAGUGGCAGAACAUACGCGAACAGAUCGAGAAGGCCGCCGCGCUGGACCAUACGGACAGCGACUGCCUGGCCAUUGCCAUCUUGUCGCAUGGCGAGCAUGGCUGCAUUUAUGCCAACGAUGUUCAGUACAAGCUGGACCAAAUCUGGCACUACUUCACUGCCAAGAUGUGCCCCACGCUGGCGGGCAAGCCGAAGUUGUUCUUCAUACAGGCCUGCCAGGGUGAUGGCCUGGACGAGGGCGUGAUGCUAGAGAAGGGCGUGACUGAAACGGAUGGGGACUCGUCUAUGGGCUACAAAAUACCUGUCCAUGCCGACUUUCUCUUCUCCUACUCGACGAUACCAGGCUACUAUUCCUGGCGCAAUAUAAACAACGGCUCGUGGUACAUGCAGUCACUCAUCCAGGAGCUGAAUAGCAAUGCCAAGAAAUACGACCUGCUCACGCUGCUCACUUUUGUCAGUCAGCGCGUAGCCAUCGACUUUGAGUCGAACGUGCCGGUUACCCCAAUGAUGGAUCGCCAGAAGCAGAUACCGUGCUUCACCUCCAUGCUGACGCGUAUACUGCGCUUCGGCGACAAACCCAACGGCAAUAAGGCUGGCUGAAAUAUAUCCACCUCCUCACCCGCCGCCUGAUACGUUCAACGCCCCCCAUUCGUCACUUUGGAUUCCAUGCUACUACAAGUUCAGUUUUAGCCCUUAGCUUUAUUAUUGACAAAAUUAAUUUUAUCCCAAUUAUCAUAUAUCAUAUAUAUAUAUAUAUGUAUAAUAAUCACUUGCCAAUCGGGAAAUCACAAAUAUUAUAUAAGAUGGAUAUACAAUGAAGAUUUAUAGAAAUAUACACCACUAUAUAUUUGAUACUCAUAAAUAAAUCAGAAAUAUUAUAUAAGAUGA